CUGUCCACUGAUAUAACUUAUCUUCGUCUUAAUUCCUCCGAUUACUGUUUAAUACUGAAUUGAAUGUUGCGCUUUGUUAUCUGACAAUCUAGCGGUAGAGUGCCAGUGAUAAAAUAUGCACAGUAUGGGAAGGGCUAGUUAACCGAGUUAAGAAGUUACGUUAAAUAAAUGUGGUUUAUAAUUUUAACAUUGACGCUUUGCGUCCUAGUCUCAUCCGUAGAAGUAAACAAAUCAUCGGAUUCCAAUCUUUUUGAAGACUCAGUCAAUACAAACUGUGAUGGUGAUUUCCCGUGGACUUCGACUGAGUACAAAUACCUUGGGAUUGUGCCUUUUACUGACUACAAUAAAAAAUGCAUCCAAGCCAUAUCCAAAAGUUGUGCUACGUCACACCAAAUCGAUUUCUCUCGUGGUGCUAUAGAACUAAAUGUGUACCUUCGAUUACUUUUCAAUAAAAGUGGCCUAAAAGUGACAGUGUUCAAUGAAAAUAAUGUUCUUGUAAUAGAUUAUGAAUUAAGUAGGUUAAAGAAUAAUUACACUGAUGGUUGGAAUAAAAUUUUACUGCAUCCAGAAGAAAGUAUCAUCGGAUAUAUAAAUCUAAAAGGUUGUACAGAUAAAGGUGAAAUCAUUGUAGUAGAUACGUAUCAAUACUUUUCUACAAAGAAAACACAAAAUGAAUCGGCAAAGAUUAAAUUUAAUGUUGUGAAUGAAAAUUUUAAUGCUCUUCAAUUAUUAAAUAAAAGAAAUGAAUCAUUAUUAAAUAAAACAACAAAUGUGAGUAAAAUUUAUUCAAAGAAAAGAUUCAUAAGAUCGGUAGAAGACACAUUAACUACUGAUGGAGAAGCAAAUCCUGAUACAGUGGCAACUGUAACUCAAACCAUAAAACAAGAACCAGGUGAAUCUGUAACGUCUACUGAACCUACGACCAAAGAGCUUGACGAAGGUGGCAAUACAGUGACUAGCAAACCUUUGACUACAGAACCUGAAGAAGACGGCAAUAUAACAAGUACUGAAUCUACAACAACAAAUGCAACAAAAGAUCCUGAGUUCAAUCCAACAGAUGGUCCAGAACAAGACAAUAAUACAAAAACCACUGAAUCUGAUUCUUCGACACAAGAACAAGGAAAUAAUUUCUGGACUCCAUUAACCAUUACUUUAGUUGCAGUUGGGUGUUUCGUAGUUUUAUCAGUAACCGCGGUUACAGCAUAUCAUUGUGGAAAAAUGAGUUCUAGUAAAGGUGACACUGACUUUAUAAUUGAGGAGGAUAUAGUACCAAAAGCUAUUAUUCCACGCGUCAAGAACAUUAAUCGAUUCGAGGUGUAACAACAUUGACAGUGGAACUGUUUGUGCAUCAGACCAAUACUACGACUAGUCCAUGCUCAAUCUUAUUUAGUAAUAAUUUAUUCUUUUUUUUUCUAACAAUGGCUCACGCAAAAGGUUAAAAUUUUGGAAAAACGUUAUUAAGUAACCAGAAGCUUUAAAGAAGGGGAAAAAAGAAAAAAUAAUACUGAGAAAUAAAAAAAAUACUAAUCUUACUCAUAUAUUCUUAUUUACACAACUUACUUAAGAGGUUCAUAUGAAAAUCUAAUACCAUAGCUGUAGAGGUUAAUUAAAAUGUCUCAUUCAAAUCCUCAUGUCCAGUAUCGUCAUAUCAACCCAUUACCGGUCCACAACAGGGCACGGGUCUCCUCCCACAAUGAAAAGGAGG